AUGACCAAGAGCUUUAUUACUAAGGCGUUUCCGUCACCUAACAAGAAGUUGUGGGGAUCGCACAGCAGUCCAAUCGGCGUAGACGAUCCCACGGACGUAAAUAUGGGCUCGAAUGACCAGAGCAGCGAUGCAGUAAGAGGUGACAUAUGCGAGAUUAUCGUAGUGGCGAUUCAGAAGGUCACCAGUGCAGCCUCUGCUGCUGGUGAUGACGCCAACACACUAAGUCCAAGCCAACGACAAGGGUCGUCGAUAUGGAGCUCAACAAAGUGGUCCAAUGAGCGAUCCCAGCUGCCAGAACGCAUCAUUUGCACUGUUAGCAGUGCUACAACAACUAAAGUCUCUGCACAUUCUGAACGCAUUGGCAACAAUUUUAUUUUUGAUGAAAAGUUUGUGUUCGAGCGACGAGAAAAUGACGCGCAAUAUCGAAACGUGACUAUAGACGUGUCUAGCGCUGUGCCAUAUUUCGGUAGGAAACGCCGCCUCGGCCAGAUCGAAGUGGACCUAGAAACAACAUUUGCCACGCAGUCCUCAGGCCCAGUUUCUAAGCGCAGCACGAUGAAAACUGCUAACGGGUCGGAAUCGGACAUAGAAAUUCACUAUGUGCUUCAUCGUCUUGAGGUGCCAAACGCAACCGCUGCUGCCGCCUCUCGCGUGCUCACGCGGUCGAGUACCAGCCUUAACGAUGAUGACGAUAUGGAUGCCUGUGGACAAAUCUUUCCAGAUUUAUGGUAUCUGUGUUAG